UAUUUUGGCCUCUUGGUACUAGCGGGCCCCAUUUGUCUCCCACUGCAAAUUUCUUCAGCCCUGAGGGGUGCGCUUCAACUCGCACAAAGGUCACCUCUACAUGAUCAUUCGCACCUCCCCUGUUAAAAAUUCUCUGCUUUCUCCUAAACAAAGCCUGAUCUUUUACUCAUGGCGGUAAGGAUCGACAGAAAAUCAAGCAUUUUCCGUCGAAGCCACAACAAUUGAAUCUAAGCCACUCGGAUUUGCAGCUGCUGGGCUGCAAUUACAUUCAGAAAGGCCUCGUUUAUUCCAUGUCCGAUGUCUCCCGAGAUUUCGAAAGGGCGGUGGAGAAAAUGAAGAAGAGUCUCUCAGACGCUCUGGUGCACUUCUAUCCACUGGCCGGAAGACUGGCCACUUCGCCGGAAGGCUUUGUGUAUAUUGAUUGUAAUGACCGUGGAGCAGAUUUUAUUGAAGCGUCUGCCCCUGACAUUAGGGUUUCAGAGGUGAUGAACGAGACGGUCAGUGAUGUUGUUGGCGAGCUGUUUGCCCUCAAUGGAGCUCUCAAUAUGGAUGCGCAUUCUCUUCCUCUCUUGGUUGUUCAGCUAAACAUCUCAAAACACAAGUACUCGAUCAGAGAAAUGAUGAAAAAAGACCACUUAGCGAAGAAAUGAUGAAGCUCCAACUCUCAUUCAACAGACAAAGAGGAAGCAUUGUUAAUAUACUGAAAUCACUCCAAAUUCACAAAAUGCAAAAUGAAAUGCAAGAUGAGAUGCAAAAUGAGAUGCAACCUAAACCUAGUCACUAGACUUUGAAAAGCUUAAUUGUCAUCAUUGAGCGUUUUACAAUUAUAGCGGGCAGAAUAGA